UUGCCACGCCGCCCUGUAUCAUUUACCUACACCUUUGACAGGAAAUUAUCUCUUCGUCAAUCUUUUCGUGAACCCAACCACAAUGCCUACCUCCUUCGACCUCACCGACAAAGUCGCCCUAGUCACCGGUGCCGGCCGGGGCCUGGGCGCCGCCAUCGCCAAAGAGCUCGCCUCCCACGGGGCCUCAGUCGUGGUCAACUACGCUCGCUCCGCGGCGGCUGCUCAGCGCGUCGUCGACGAGAUCGAAGCCCUCCCCGGCAACCCUCGGGCCGUCGCCAUCCAGGCGGACGUGACCCAGCCGGCUGAGGUGACGCGGCUGUUCGAGGCGGCCAUCGAGCACUUUGGCAAGAUCGACAUCGUCAUGUCCAACUCCGGGAUGGAGGCCUUCUCCGCCGAGGAGGACGUGACCGCGGAGUUGUACGACGAGGUGUUUGGGCUGAACACGCGGGCGCAGUUCUUCGUCGCCCAGCACGCCCUCAAGUACGGCAGCCACGGCGGCCGCCUGAUCCUGACCUCCUCCGUCGCUGCCCAGAUGACCGGCGUCAAGAACCACGCCCUAUACGCCGGCUCCAAGGCUGCCGUCGAGGGCUUCACCCGCAGCUUCGCCGCCGACUGCGGCCCCAAGAAGAUGACCGUCAACGCCGUCGCCCCCGGCGGCAUCUACACCGAUAUGUACCUCGAGAACUCGUGGCACUACGCCCCCAAUGGCUACCCCGGCAUGCCCAUCGAGCAGAUCGACAAGGGCAUUGCCAGUCUGUGUCCGCUGGGCCGCACAGGCAAGCCCCUCGAUGUCGCACGGGUGGUUGCCUUUUUGAGCUCGGCAGAGGGCGAGUGGAUCAACGGCCAAGUGAUUAAGUUGACUGGUGGUUCCAGUGCAUAAGGGAGAUACAGUGUAGCUGGUGCGGUUUUGCUUUCUAGUUUUGGGAUUUUGCUGCUUUUAGAGAAGUGUACAUGGCCUUUCUUCAAUGUCGCGCACGAUACGAAUGUAAAUGCUCGGACACGUACAAAUUGCCUAUUGUCAAUGGAUUGUUUCCAAGUUUAAGAAUUCGGUGCCUUUACUCUUAAGUUGCUCAUAAUUUCUACAGACAGUGGCAUAAAAAG